UCCCUGUCAACUGUCAUGUAAAAAAUUGUUUAUAGUUUUGUUGGCGAUUUUUUCCUAUCGCUAUCAAAAAAGUUUAAAGAAAAAAUGUUAAUUCUACUCGUUGUAAUUGAAAAUAAAAAAUAAAAACAAAAAAAAAAAUGGGUUUCCUCGAAGAUUGCCUUAUAGUUUUUGCUUCUCAAUUGGUUUUCUUUGCCGGUGGUUGGUUGUUUUUUGUAAAACAACUUUUCAAAAACUAUGAAAUCCGUCAUAUCUCAGUGCAAUUUAUUUAUUCCUUAACAUUCGCCUUGUCCAUUACCAUGUUCGAAUUGAUAAUAUUCGAGAUUCUUGGUGUAUUGGAGUCGUCAUCUCGAUAUUUCCAUUGGAGAUUAGGUUUGACCUUGCUUCUGUUGAUGGUUAUCAUGGUGAUUCCAUUGUAUAUCAUUCAUUCAGUUAUUCAUAGUCUUUCUUUAGUUUCUGAGAAAUGGGUGCGAAUCAUGACAGUAUUUUGUUAUUUUGUGUUCCUUUAUGGGCUCUGGAAGAUUGGUGAUCCAUUCCCAUUACUUAGUGUAUCCCAUGGCAUAUUUACCAUUGAACAGGGAGUCUCCCGAAUUGGGGUUAUUGGAGUCACUGUUAUGGCUAUUUUAUCAGGCUUUGGUGCAGUGAAUUAUCCCUACGAGAGUAUGACAUAUUUUAUAAGGCCUGUGUCCCAAAGUGAUAUUGUUGUUCUCGAACGACGGUUAGCUCUAACUGUCGACAUGAUAACUGGAAAGAAAAAACGCAUAGCUCUUGAGCUGAAACGCAACAAACAAAAUAACACAAAACCACGUUUGUGGAGUAUUUUAAGUUCAGUAGCAAAUCGUGAUACUGGAGGAGAGAACAUUGGACAGCUGCGAUUAGAAAUUGCUGGAUGUGAAGAAAUACUUAGACAAGUGUUUCUUGAAAUCAAUUCUUUGAAAAACAUGCAAGAACGACAGAUAUGGUCGAAGACACUGAAAGGAAGAUACUUCAAUGUCAUUGGGCAUUUCUUUAGCGGAUAUUGUUUGUAUAAGAUUUUUAUGUGCACAGUUAACAUAAUAUUUGAUCGUGUGGGUCGCAAGGAUCCUGUUACUAGAGGCCUUGAAAUUGCAGUACACUGGUGUGGCUUUGAUAUUGAUUUGGCAUUUUGGAAUCAGCAUAUAUCAUUUUUAUUGGUUGGAUGUAUAGUAGUCACUUCAAUUCGUGGUCUCUUAUUAACUCUAACGAAGUUCUUCUAUAGAAUUUCAUCGAGUAAAUCAUCAAAUAUUAUAGUUUUAAUAUUAGCACAAAUAAUGGGCAUGUAUUUUUGUUCUUCCGUUUUGUUAAUGCGAAUGAAUAUGCCAGCCGAAUACAGAGUUAUCAUCACUGAAGUUCUUGGCAGUUUACAUUUUAAUUUCUAUCAUCGUUGGUUUGAUGUUAUAUUUUUAGUGAGUGCCCUAACCACAAUUGUUGUCUUGUAUAUAUCGCAGAAACCUUGGAAUCAUGAUUCCAGUAUAGAUUAAGAAUGUUAAUGCCUA